AUGCGCACACACACACGCACACGCACGCCCAGGCAGGUUGAGCUGCAGCAGGUUCAGGAGUCAGACAGGUGCAGGUUGUUUUCACGUUCAGCCGCAGCGUCACUGGGGAGAGAUUUCAAACUUGUCUUUUUUCCACUUGGACGGUGAUUUUUUAUUCCUUGACUUUCUCCAACAACCCACCGAUGGAAAGUGCGUCCUGCUAGAUCCACCAAGCGACAUGUCCUGCACGCGAAUACUGGGAUCUAUCGUCAGAUAACAAAGCGUCCGCUCAGAAACAGAGGAGAAGCAGCCAGCCUCCUCCACUGAUGGCCUUCCUCCAGCAGCUUCGGCUCCUUCUCUGGAAGAACGGUCUAACUGUGAUCAGGCAGCCGCUAUGGUCCCUGACUCUCAUCAUCUGGCCCCUGAUCAUCUUCAUCAUCAUUGCUGUGACCCGGAACCAGUUUCCUCCGGUAGUCAAAGAAACAUGUUACGUUGGACCCAGAAACCUGCCCAGCACAGGUUUCUUCCCUUUCCUGCAGACCCUCAUGUGCAACACGGACAGCAACUGUCAUGACAAAUCUCAACUGGCGGAGUCAGCUGCAUCAAAGUCUAAGAGCACUGCAGGCAGAUCAGGGUCAUCAUCGCUGCCGAAUGGUUCUCCACUGGCAGGCCUGAUGCAAGGGGAUGGUUUUUUAGGGUUUACGUUCCCCAAAAUCGACAAAUUCAAUGAUCCUGCAUCACUGAUCAAUGCCUUCCAAAGCAUUGUGGGUCAAACUCAGCAAGGAAGUCCUAAUAAUGUCUCCUUCACCAACACCACUCUUGUGGGAGAUAAGGAGAGCUUCAACAAACUGUUGGAGUCGGUGAGCGUGUUGAAGAGAGCCAUCUGCACCAUGAUACUGCCCAUGAUAAACACAACCUCGCCCGACCCCCUCACCACCUCGGCGGUCACUUUCUGCAAGACCAACAACACUGUGUUAGAGGUGUCGCUCUCCACACUCAACCAGGUGCUGUCGGAUCUGAUGCAGAACCAACCAGACGAGAUGAUGACGGUGGCCGGGCUGGGGGUGAUGGUGUUCGAUCAGCUGCAGAAUCAGACCUCGCUGUGGGAAAGUCUCCUCGUUCUCCCCCAGCUCUUCUCUAAUGGUUCUGUCGAUCAAGGGCUGCACAACACAGAGGUUCUACUCACCAACAUACAGGGUGCUCUGCAUGUCAUCCAGAAGAACUUCCCUGAAGCCAGCCCCACACUUUCCUCCGCGAAUCUAGUGAUUGCUGGAGGAAUCAACGUGAUUCGCUACAUACAAAACUGGCCUGGCAAAGUUGUGUCCAUUUCCCUGGGAGACGUCGUCACUUUGCAGAACGACUCCAUUAGUGAGAUGUUGAAACGUGUUCUACAAGAGGUCAAGAUACCACUGGACCAGGCUAUCGGCCUGACAAUGGACAGGCGCAUGGUGGCCUCCUACUUGUGCGACAACGGCAGUAACCCAAUUUGGUUAACGGCAGCGUGCAGCACGGGCACUGUGGACAUGCUCCUGCGUAGAAUCAGCCCUGACAAGGUGGCCAAGCAGGUUCUCCUGGCCUGGAGUAAGCAUGUUGCUCCACAUGAUGUGGCCUUCGUCAAAGGGCUGCUGCACAGUCUGAUCGGUGGCUUAUCCCCAGGAGGUCCGGGCGGUUCCAACACCACGAGGAACCGUCGUAGCGUGGAGACACAGCCACAAAAUAUUGAUGAGGAUCUGUUUUUGAGCGUCGGACAAGUGGUGAUGGAGCUUGUAAAACUUGUCCCUGAGCUGGAGAUGGUUGUCCAGAGCUUCCUGAAUACUGGCUUUCAGUCCCUGAUGACAGGAACACUAGCACUCGACACUGUGGAGGAAAUGAUGGAAAAUAUACUGAAAGAUGCCAAUCAAUUCAAAGUGAAUUUGACCACAUUGCUGACAAACCAGCCACAGUCAAGCGUUUGGAUCGGUCGUGUCCUUGGCAGUGUGGCGGAAGUUGUUAUGAGGACUCUGGCUUCUGAUAAUUUAACAUGUGCUGAUGUCCUGGGUCCCCUGGAGUUCCUCUUAGAGACUGAGACCAUAAAGAUUGACGUGUGGAGAGCAAUUAUCUGCCAGAACAGCUCUGAUUUACCGCUGUAUCUACUAAAGGACUGGCAGCCCUUGAUUCAGAAGGCGCAAGAGGUUUACGACGCCAUCACGAGCCGAACAGAAUACAACGUAACGCUUCCCAUGAUUCUCUCCGAGUGGCAAAAGUCCAACAACAAGACCAUGAAGUUUGGAGAGCUUCUGAACAGACUCGCCGAAGAGCUGGGUGGAGCAUACUGGAUGAACUGGAUGCCAGACAACCCUCAGAAUUUCACUCAGGCUCUUCAACAAAGUGUUUUCUUCUUCAUGGUGAAUUUGGGAGAAAAGAUUGAGAAGAGUGAACUGUGGCCCGAGGCAAAGAACUACUUCCACAUGGUUUACUGGGUCUUGAACUACAACCCGGGGGUCACACCUCCGCCGUCAAACUGCUCCGUCAACAUCUAUACCUUAGCCAUUAAUUGUGAUACUGGUUUGAACUGGUCACGGUUUGUUCAAGGACUGGCCGAGCCUCUGAUGUCAUCAGAUGUAGAUGUCCUGGUGAGAUAUCUCAAAGGGACUUUGAAUCUUUUGCAGCACAUGUAUGGCGACAUCUACAAAUAUCUGGCAACAUCAUCACUGAAAAAAGAGAUCAAAGGUGGAGAUGCCCUCUCCAACUACCUGGUUAACCUGAUGUUAAACCUGGACGCGUUUUUACGGGUUGUCUCCACCCUUCCCAACAGCAGCACCUCUAACCCGAAUGUACUGCUUCCCCAACUGAAUAUCCUGCUAACGUCCACAGGUCUUGCACCACUGCUGCCUCUGUUCCUCAGUGACGGCCCCCUUAAUUUCUCCGCAGUCAUUGACGUUGCCUCAAAGGUUGGCAGACUCAACCAGCACAUUUUUACCUUCAAUGAGACGGACCCAACAAUGCCUGAGCUUGAGGGGCUGAUAACUAAGUUCCUUUCAUUGCAAGGGGACCUCACCCUGUCGCUCCCUCACAUCAUGGGAAGCAGUCUACUUACCUAUUCGGACUAUUUCGAUCCUGACGUUGUGGCCCGGAUCAGAAAAGCCAUCAAGCCUUUCACCAACCAAACUUCAUCAGGUAUUGUAGAGACCAUCCUAAGUGCCAUGGAGGUACUGAAGACAGUGAUUGAUUCUCCGAAUGGCGACCCAACUAAUGUCAUUCUUGGGUAUCUACACCAGCUUCAGGAAUUGGUGAUGUCUAUAUACAGGCUGCGAAAAAUCGAGCAUAUCUUCUUACCGAGUAGUCAGGUGAGCGCAGCACAAAUCACUGACCUCCACGUGCUUUCCAAAGACUUCCUCAACCUCCUCACCCCGGAGAGUCUUCAGAACCUGACUCAGGCCGGGCCAGAUGCUGCCCAGAACAUUGUUAUCCAGAAAUUUGUGGCAUUCUUGCCACCAGCGUUCCGACAGGAAGUUACUCGCUUUCUCCAGGAUUUCAAAGCUCUGCAGUAUUACAUUAUCAAAUGUGGAGCAGGCCAGGACUGUUUGGCUGGAAUCUCGGAAAUCCUCAACUUCCUGGAUCAGAUAUUGGACCUGAUGCUCUCAGCCGAGGGUACUGUCACCAUUAAACUGGCGGCCACAAAUGCUUCUCUGGUAGCACAGGAAUAUGAGGAACUUACAUCCUUUGUCUUCUCACUCCUCCUUGGCACAAAUGAUUCUGCCAAUGUGAAAACAGUCAAACAGGCUCUUCAUUUAAUCAGAAUGCUCGUGGCUACACCCAACAUUUCUGUGUCAGAUGUCCAGAAUGCUCUGAGACAGUCAAACCUAACCCUAAAGGAGCUGAAUAGCUUUGCUGCACUAGCUGGAGCUGCUGACAUAAACCGCCUGUUGUUAAGUAUAAUGGAGAUCAUCAAUACUCGCCAGUGCUUUGAACCAGAUCAGGACCUGAUGGUGACAGCCCAGUGUGUUACGGGGCUGGUCAAGGGUCUCAGCGAUUUCCUGACACGCGUACCUGGUCUACGCAAUCAGACGGCCAUCCUCUCCCUUAUCCCGUUAAUUGUCAAUUCAACUUUCAGAGACAUCAUGCGAGCUAACUUCAGUUACAAUCCAAACGUGGCUCUCGAACAAACCUUGAACGGGACUCUGGCCAAUAUAAAGUUGAUCCUCAAGGAGAAUCACCUGAACUCCCCAGAGAUCAUGAAUGAAAUCAAAGUGGUGGAGCGGUUGAUACAACUGAUUGCCAACAUGGAACCAUACAACAAUUUAAACACGACCUUGAUGAUGGACCCCAUGUAUGCCCAGAAAGUAUACUCGGAGAUUAUAGACUGGUACUUGAAAAAGUUGGGAAAUAUCACCACCAACAGCACGGUGUCAGAGAUUCUCCAACCCUUUUUCGUCAUGACACAAAUGCAAGUUACAUUACAGCUGGCACAGACCGAUUUUUCUCUGUCUGUAACUAAACAGAUUGAGAACCUGAUAAAAACCCUCCAGUUCCCAAUAGAUGGCGCAGGGUUGAAUAAAAUUGGCCAGACAACUGUCGAGAUUCUCAAGGGCCUAUUUGACAUCAUAAAGUUCAACUUAGAGGCUCAGAAUAACAUGAUGGGUCCAGAGGGGUAUUUCAAUUCAACAGUUUUCAAUGCUAUCACGGCUCAAAUUACGCAUUACCUAAAUGUCACAGAGGAGUGGCUGAAACAACCCAAUGUCCAGUUGAUCUUCACGAGUAUGCUUCAAUGGGGGAAUUCUUCCAUCAACACAUCUACCCCUGUGACAGACAUUCAGCAGCUGCUGCAGACAGCGUCUAUAUUCCUCAAUGAGGGUGAAGUCAUCUAUCUUUCUGCGGUUCUCAAUACUAUGCGCUCCCUCGAGAAAGCGCUGAUGGUGACUGAGCAACCAGGGGGCCUUCAAAGUGAUCACUUCGUAGACGCCAUCGUGGAAGGAGUCAAAACCACCAUAACACUCCUGACUGGAGCCACAGGGCCCCUGCCGCACUCGGUACAGCAGGACAUCCUGGAUAUUGUGCAGGCUUCAUUGAAGCUCAUUCUCCUGCCAGACAAGAACUUUGACUCAUCACGAAACAUCUCCCUCCUCAUCCUCGAGAGAGCUGAGAGCGUCAUCGAAACCAUAAUACCGGAGAUGUAUGCUGUUUACAUAAUUCCUGUAAUUGAGGUGAUAGAAACAUUCUUUGAGAGCGCCUCCGGAGAUAGUGGACCAGACAUCUGGAAUCACAUGAUUUUGAGUGAGCUGGAGACGAUCGAGAGUCUUCUGCCGCCGAACAGCACAGCUCGGACCUCCAUCUCUGUGGUCAUUAGCAUCGCCCGCUUCAUCCUGGAGUCAGGCCAAGGUAAAAUGAGUCUCUGGGCACGUUUUGAUAGGGCAUCACUACAAGAUGUUCCUAUGCUUAUUGUCGAGAUUCUCAAGGGCCUAUUUGACAUCAUAAAGUUCAUCGGAGCAGAGGAUCAGAAGAACAUGAUGGUUCCAGAGGAGUAUUUCAAUUCAACAGUUUUCAAUGCUAUCACGGCUCAAAUUCCGCUUUACCUAAACAUCACAGAGGAGUGGCUGAAACAACCCAAUGUCCAGUUGAUCUUCACGAGUAUGCUUCAAUGGGGGAAUUCUUCCAUCAACACAUCUACCCCUGUGACAGACAUUCAGCACCUGCUGCAGACAAUGUCUAUAUUCCUCAAUAAGGAUGAAGUCAUCUCUCUUUCUGCAAUUAUCAAUACUGUGCGCUCCCUCGAGAAAGCGCUGAUGGUGGCUGAGCGACCAGGGGGCCUUCAAAGUGAUCACUUCAUAGCCGCCAUCGUGGAAGGAGUCAAAACCACCAUAACACUCCUGACUGGAGCCACAGGGCCCCUGCCGCACUCGGUACAGCAGGACAUCCUGAAUAUUGUGCAGGCUUCAUUGAAGCUCAUUGUCCAGCCAGACAAGAACUUUGACUCAUCACGAAACAUCUCCCUCCUCAUCCUCGAGAGAGCUGAGAGCGUCGUCAAAACCAUAAUACCUGAGAUGUAUGCUGUUUACAUAAUUGCUGGAAUUGAGGUGGUAGAAACAUUCUUUGAGAGCGCCUCCGGAGAUAGUGGACCAGACAUCUGGAAUCACAUGAUUUUGAGUGAGCUGGAGACGAUCGAGAGCCUUCUGCCCCUGAACAGCACAGCUCGGACCUCCAUCUCUGUGGUCAUUAACAUCGCCCGCUUCAUCCUGGAGUCAGGCCAAGGUAAUAUGAGUCUCUGGGCACGUUUUGAGAGGGCAUCACUACAAGAGGUUCCUAUGCUUCUUGUCGAGAUUCUCAAGGGCCUAUUUGACAUCAUAAAGUUCAUCGGAUCAGAGGAUCAGAAGAACAUGAUGGUUCCAGAGGAGUAUUUCAAUUCAACAGUUUUCGAUGCUAUCACGGCUCAAAUUCCGCAUUACCUAAACAUCACAGAGGAGUGGCUGAAACAACCCAAUGUCCAGUUGAUCUUCACGAGUAUGCUUCAAUGGGGGAAUUCUUCCAUCAACACAUCUACCCCUGUGACAGACAUUAAGCACCUGCUGCAGACAAUGUCUAUAUUCCUCAAUGAGGGUGAAGGCAUCUCUCUUUCUGCGGUUCUCAAUACUAUGCGCUCCCUCGAGAAAGCGCUGAUGGUGGCUGAGCGACCAGGGGGCCUUCAAAGUGAUCACUUCGUAGACGCCAUCGUGGAAGGAGUCAAAACCACCAUAACACUCCUGAUUGGAGCCACAGGGCCUCUGCCGCACUCGGUGCAGCAGGACAUCCUGGAUAUUGUGCAGGCUUCAUUGAAGCUCAUUGUCCAGCCAGACAAGAACUUUGACUCAUCACGAAACAUCUCCCUCCUCAUCCUCGAGAGAGCUGAGAGUGUCGUCAAAACCAUAAUACCAGAGAUGUAUGCCGUUUACAUAAUUGCUGGAAUUGAGGUGGUAGAAACAUUCUUUGAGAGCGCCUCCGGAGAUAGUGGACCCGACAUCUGGAAUCACAUGAUUUUGAGUGAGCUGAAGACGAUCGAGAGCCUUCUGCCGCCGAACAGCACAGCUCGGACCUCCAUCUCUGUGGUCAUUAACAUCGCCCGCUUCAUCCUGGAGUCAGGCCAAGGUAAUAUGAGUCUCUGGGCACGUUUUGAGAGGGCAUCACUACAAGAGGUUCCUAUGCUUCUUGUCGAGAUUCUCAAGGGCCUAUUUGACAUCAUAAAGUUCAUCGGAGCAGAGGAUCAGAAGAACAUGAUGGUUCCAGAGGAUUAUUUCAAUUCAACAGUUUUCAAUGCUAUCACAGCUCAAAUUCCGCAUUACCUAAACAUCACAGAGGAGUGGCUGAAACAACCCAAUGUCCAGUUGAUCUUCACGAGUAUGCUUCAAUGGGGGAAUUCUUCCAUCAACACAUCUACCCCUGUGACAGACAUUCAGCACCUGCUGCAGACAAUGUCUAUAUUCCUCAAUGAGGGUGAAGGCAUCUCUCUUUCUGCAAUUCUCAAUACUGUGCGCUCCCUCGAGAAAGCGCUAAUGGUGGCUGAGCGACCAGGGGGCCUUCAAAGUGAUCACUUCGUAGACGCCAUCGUGGAAGGAGUCAAAACCACCAUAACACUCCUGAUUGGAGCCACAGGGCCCCUGCCGCACUCGGUGCAGCAGGACAUCCUGGAUAUUGUGCAGGCUUCAUUGAAGCUCAUUGUCCAGCCAGACAAGAACUUUGACUCAUCACGAAACAUCUCCCUCCUCAUCCUCGAGAGAGCUGAGAGCAUCGUCGAAACCAUAAUACCGGAGAUGUAUGCCGUUUACAUAAUUCCUGUAAUUGAGGUGAUAGAAACAUUCUUUGAAAGCGCCUCCGGAGAUAGUGGACCAGACAUCUGGAAUCACAUGAUUUUGAGUGAGCUGAAGACGAUCGAGAGCCUUCUGCCCCCGAACAGCACAGCUCGGACCUCCAUCUCUGUGGUCAUUAGCAUCGCCCGCUUCAUCCUGGAGUCAGGCCAAGGUAAUAUGAGUCUCUGGGAACUUUUUGAGAGGGCAUCACUACAAGAUGUUCCUAUGCUUAUCGGCCAGCUGGGAAGACUUGUGAGCAGCUUCUUCAUGGGAAUGCCAGAUGUGCAGCAGUCGAUUGGUUCAUCUAUGGGGAUCUUUACUCACCUGUCCCCGUUCCUGGAGCAGUUGAUGAGCGGCAAGGCCGACCAACACAUGUGGGACAACCUUGAAAAGAUGCUUCUAUCCCUACUCUCGUCCCUCGAGGGAACGGAGCUGUGGCACGAUGUCUCGUCUGUCGUCCCGCUGUUUGAGAACAUGCUGGGGAGUCUGCUGAACAACAUGCAAGCACAGAAUGUGAUGCUACUAAGCCUUCAGACCCCUGUGGUAACCUUGAUGAGGGAAGUUGCACGUUCGGUGAAUACCAGUCACUUCAACCUGACGGAGGUCACGGAAAGAAUCCAGGCUGCCGUGGAGCACACGGUGCAGGCGGCUCAGCAGGCUAAUGGCACACUGGGGUGCAGGGAAGCUCUCAGACCAUGGGAGCCGGUCAGAGAGGCGGCCGGGUUGAGCCCUGCCUUCAUGGCUAUGUGGUGCAACAUUAGCCUGCAGCCUGUUAUCGAGGCCUAUGCUGCAGCUCUGACUCCUUACUCCCACAUUAACAUGACUCACAUGGGCGUGGGACCGACGGCUGUGAAUGCCUCAGCUGCCAGGAUUGCCGAGACCAUGCAGGCUCUGUACCACGUCAUUGUCAACCAAUCGCUCGUGACAGAGCAGCUUAUCUCAGCUUUCUCCGAGCAGCUCGGAAUGCUGGCAGGCCGGCCUCUGAGCCCAGAGGCGCAGCUUCACUGGAACAUGCAGCUCCAGGACGUACAGUUACAGAACAGCUUGUCUUCAAUCAAAAUGCUCACAGACGAGCUGCGUAGAGCGGCCCCUUCCCUCCAGCCGUACGUCGAGGCGGCUGAGAAGGCAAUCCGUUACUUCAUCAUCAACUCCCCUCUUCUUCCAAACAGCAGCAGCUCCCAGGACCUCCUCAAACAGACAGCGAUGAUCUUCUUAACCUCUGCCAACAUCACUGCAGGUGACAUCUUCUCCGCUAUGUCAUUGAACGUCUCCGGACUCAACGAGGCGUCUAUUAUUAACGCGAUGAGAGAAGUUGUUAAACUCAUGGCCGAACUGAAGAUACUUGGUGAUGACCCCAAGGUUUACAGAGGCCUGGAGCAAAUGCUGGGAUUCAAAGAAACGACUCUGAUUGUGCGGAAGGUGGUGGAGCUGAUUACGUGGUUGGGCUCCACUCGAGCCUCUGGAGUGGAUCUGCUGAUGGAGGUGGUGCACAGACUGUACGACAUCUUCAGGUCCGUCUUGUCCCUCCUGAGCAAGCUGUGCGUGCAAAUGCCGGAAAACUCCGAGCUGUUUGUGGACCUAGGUGGGAACAUCAUAGGAAUGCUGAAGCAGCUGUUGAGCACCCCUGGUCUCCUGUCUCCUAUGCAUCAGCAGCUGGGAAUGUCAAGGCCACAUAUGGCCGGCGCGAACCAUUCGAUGAGGGUCCGACACAAACGCGAGGCGGCGAUGAUGCCGAUGAUGAUGAGGGACCCCAUGGACGACUUCAUUGACCUGUUCUACAUCGACUACCACAGCAUGUCUGAAGCCCUCAACGUUCCUCCCACCACAGGAGAAAUCUUGGAGACAGUCCACAUGUUCUUUAACAAUCCUGAUCUGGGUGUUGUGUUGAAGGGAGCUACGAGGGACAUGCCGUGGGGCAUGAACGCCUCUCGGGAGGAGACCAUUGAUGCCUCCCUUGUUGGGCUCUCCGUCCUCACAUUGCCCAGUGUACUUCAGAUGCCGAUGGAGAAUCUCCUGAUGAGCGCUGUUGCCAUGCUUACCGAUGCCAUUCCAUUCCCCCCUGCGUUUAAAAACAUCACCCGGGCUCUGGCCAACGAGUCUCAAGAGAUCCUGAUGCUCAUGCAGCAGGCCAUUCAAACAGCAGCUGAUCUCUUCCAAAGCAACAUGACCGACCAGCAGCUCAAAGAGAAACUUACCCUCCUGACAUCCCAGGUGUGCGCCUUGGAGAACACGGAGACCAUGCAUCAGCUGCUGCGGCUCCUCUCCAUAGAGCCUGGUCAGCUGUGCCGCACCAUCCUGCCCAGCCUGCAGCUCCUGGCCGAGAGCCUGCUGAUAGACGCCAGCACGCUGACUGAUGCCGUCUUCCAGAGUUUCAUCGGGGAGCCCAAAACCUACAACAUCAGUUCGGACUGGACGGAUGUGUUGGGUCAAGGUUUGGGCUUUAACACCAGCAGCCUGCACUCUCUCAACAUUAACGUCACCGCCCCAGGAGUGGUGACGGUCGGAGAGUUGCUGAGAGAUGAAGCCGCCUUUGUUCAGGAUGUUCAGCGGCACAUGGAUUUCGAUCCAGCAGCCCUGCACCUGCUGAUGGGAGCCGUUGUACCGAACAACAAUAUGGAGAUCCUGUCCUGGUUGGUGAACCUGCGCCAGUGCAACUCCACGUCCUCGGUGAACAUGAAGGCGUCGGACGCGGCCAUCUUGAAGACCUUCUGCUCCAUGAGUGUGGAGCAGUGGUACAGCUUUUCACUGCUGAUGGUGCGCCAUCUCAACAUGGAAAAACUCCUCUACAGAGUGGUGCUGUCUGAAGAGAUGCAGAGCCUGGUGGUGGUUAUGCUUCAGAUGGCUGAGACUCUAACUGACAUGAUGAACAACAUUCUUCCCAUGAUCAACACGCUGCAAAGCUACCUGUUCUCCAUCCAGGACCUCAACCUGAUGGCCAACAACGAGUUCAGCCUCAUGUCCAGAGGACAGAAAUCAUCCAUCUCCACCAAGGCUACGUUCGUCACCCUCUCUCGAGCGCUGUGCAGUAACGGCAUCAUGGCUCUGUUUGGAAUCGCCAAACUGCCCCCCAUGCCGGACCCCACCUUCCCCAGCGGCCAGUGGAAGGAGGAGAUGAUCGAUCGCUUCAAGAUUCCACGAAAUGCCACUCCCUUCUGCAUGAACAUGUACCUGGACAUGGUCAACACCACAGGAGGAGCCAUCGCCUGGGCCUUCCUCAAACCAAUGCUGAUGGGGAAGAUCCUGUUCACCCCUGACACGCCCAUCACGAGAGACAUAAUGGAGAAGGCCAAUGCCACCUUGCAGGAGUUUGCGAACCUGAGGAAGAACUCCCAAGACUGGAUCCAGUCCUCCAACUACAUCGUCAAUUCUGCUGAAAUGCUCAGCAACACUCUGCCGAUGCUGCAGAGUUCCCUCAGCAACUCCUUUGUGAAGAAUUUCAUUGAGAUGCAGACUGACAUCGAUGUGGGCAAAAUGAAAGAAACACUUAGCGGCUUCUCUAACAUGUCUGUGAUGCUGGAGAAGAACAAACAGAUUCUGAAUCAGAUCACCACCCUGUCCACCCUGAUGGUCGACCUGUCCUCCUGUAUCAAGUUCGACCGCUACCGGGGCUACGACUCUGCCGAGAAGCUCAACCACGAAGCCCAGGAACUCGCCAAAGAUCGCAAUCUCUACGCAAGUGUCAUCUUCAAGCUUCCCAAAGAUGACGGCUCGACCAAGAGCCGUCACGCCAGGUCUUCCUCCAACACAUCAUCCGGAUCGUCCCUGCCCCCCCAAGUCAGCUACACCAUCCGCAUGCACAUGGACAACGUCAUGCGUACGGACCGAGUGCGGGAGCCCUUCUUUGUGAAGGACCCCCACAUCCUGGCCAGGCAGACCUUGCGCUACAACCGGGGCUUCGUGUAUCUGCAGGAGAACAUCGACCGGGCCAUCAUCGAAUCCCAGACCGGGAAGAAAGUCUCAGAGCCGGCCGUGCAGCUGCAGCCCUUCCCCUAUCCCUGCCAUUUGCGCGAUGAGUACCUGGAGGCCAUCUCUUUUGUCUUCCCGAUCAUGCUGAUGUUAGCAUGGGUGCUCUUCAUCGCCGACUUUGUGAAGAAGCUCGUGCACGAGAGAGAACUGAGGCUGCACGAGUACAUGAAGAUGAUGGGUGUCAACCCGCUCAGCCAUUUCUUUGCCUGGUUCUUGGAGUGCGCCGCCUACCUGGGGGUGACCAUCAUCAUCCUCACGCUGGUGCUGAAAUACGGCAAGAUCCUGCCCAACAGCGACGGCUUCCUCCUGUUCCUUUACCUGUGCGACUACGGCCUGAGCAUCAUUGCCUUCAGCUUCCUGGUCAGCUCCUUCUUCGACAAGACCUACAUCGCCGGCCUGAGCGGCAGCCUCCUCUACAUCCUCUGCUUCUUCCCUUUCAUCGUGGUCAUGGCUGUGGAGACAAAUCUCAACUUUUCCCAGAAGAGCGCUUUGAGUUUGUUUUCCCCAACCUGCUUCAGUUACGCCAGUCAAUAUGUGUCUCGCUAUGAGGCCCAAGGAGAAGGGAUUCAGUGGAGCAACGCGUACACGUCGCCCAUCGCCGGUGACUCGGCCUCGUUCGGGUGGCUGUGCUGGUUGAUGCUCAUCGACUCAAUCCUCUACUUCAUUAUCGGGGCUUACAUCCGCAAGGUCUUCCCAGGAAAUUAUGGCAUCCCAUGCCCGUGGUACUUCCCCUUCAAAGCCUCGUUCUGGGCCGACCUGUGCUGCUGCAUUAAGUCAAAGGCUCAGCCGCGCACAGGACUCAUCUUGCACAACAUCAUGCAGAGCAACCAGCAUGAUGUCUUCUCCAACGACAAGGAAAAAGGCAAGAGCUCCCUUUCCUUCCGGGCCGGCGAGGAUUUCUCUGAGCGGCCGGUGGGCGUCGCCCUCCACAGUCUCAGCAAGAUGUACGGCGACCGAGUCGCCAUUCAAAACCUCAACGUUUCCUUCCACGAGGGCCACGUCACCUCGUUGCUCGGCCACAACGGAGCCGGCAAGACCACCACCAUGUCUCUCCUGACAGGUCUUUUCGCCCCAACAUCCGGCACAAUAGAGGUGUACGGUCGAGACAUGCAGUCCAACAUCGACGACAUUCGCAAGGAGCUGGGCGUGUGCAUGCAGUACGACGUCCUGUUCGACCACAUGACCACCAAGGAGCACCUGCUGCUGUACGGCCAGAUCAAGGCCCCUCACUGGUCGAAGGGGGAACUGCACGAGCAAGUCCGAUCGACCCUAGAGGAGACAGGCAUGUACGCUCACAGACACAAGCGGGUGGGCACCCUGUCGGGCGGCAUGAAGCGCAAGCUGUCAAUCUCCAUCGCCUUCAUAGGAGGCUCUCGCUUGGUGGUUCUGGAUGAACCCACCACAGGAGUUGAUCCUUGCUCGAGGCGGAGCAUCUGGGACAUUGUUAUCCAGCACAAGAAAAACCGAACCAUCAUCAUGUCCACCCACCACCUGGACGAGGCUGAGGUGCUCAGCGACCGCAUCGCUUUCCUGGAGAGGGGAGGAUUAAAAUGCUGCGGCUCCCCCCUCACCCUGAAAGACAAGCUGGGUCAGGGCUACAAACUCACCCUCACCAAAAAGCUGCAGAACCUCGAGUCUGAAGUCAUCGACAGCGCUGAACUGAAGCACUUCAUCCAAGCCCAUGUACCUGAAGCUCGGCUGAAGGAGGCCCAAGGGGGCGACCUGGUCUACUCGCUGCCCCCCUUCACCUCAGCCAACGCCUCCUCGUACCGCUCCCUCCUGACCGCGCUGGACUCCAACCUGGACGCCCUGCAGCUCGGGGGCUAUGGCAUCUCUGACACCACCCUGGAGGAGGUCUUCCUCCAGUUGACUCGUGACAACGCCGAUGCUGAGAGCGUCCCCCUGUCAAUCUCUGAGAGCAUUUCUGACUCAGGGUCUGUGGACAGCUUCCCCUCAGACAACGGUGAAAGCCUCGGUGAUAAGAUCAAGCUCACCGGCUCAUCCACGCUUUCUGGCAUGGCUCUGGCCUGGCAGCAGAUGUCAGCCAUCCUGAUCAAGAGGUUCCACCACAGCCGCAGAGACUGGAAGGGCCUGAUCGCCCAGAUCCUGCUCCCUGUUCUGUUUGUGGUGUUUGCAAUGGGCCUGGGAUCCAUUAGGAGCGACCUACAGCACUAUCCUGAGCUGGAGCUGAGCCCCGCGCUCUACAACAUCGGACCAAGCUACUCUUUCUUCAGAAACCAAAACCCCAGCUCCGGGAACCUGGUGGACUCUAUGAUGUCAUUCCCCGGGAUGGAUAACGCCUGCCUCGACGGGCAGGGGAGACCGGUCUGCGCCCGGAACGAGCACAAGUGGAGCUCCAGAGGGAACAGCUCUAAAGGAUUUAGUGUCUGUAAAUGCACCACACAGGAGCAGGUUUGUGAUGAGGACAACUAUAACCCGCCACAUGAACAAAUCCUUUCAUCUCAGGUUGUUUAUAACCUCAGUGGCAUCAACGUGGAGAACUACCUGGUGGCCACAGCCAAUGACUUCAUCAGGAACAGGUACGGUGGAUUCGAUUUUGGGAUGCAGCUUCCUACUGACUUACAAAUGGACCUUCGAGCGGUGCCCAAAAAUCGCACUCUGUCUAAGGUCUGGUUCAACCCCGAGGGCCACCACACAAUGCCAGCAUACUUAAACAGCCUCAACAACCUCAUCCUCCGCUCCAAUCUCCCAAAAGACAAGGAUCCACGUAAAUACGCCAUUUCGGUUUCCAGUCACCCGUAUUUCGGUCGGGCGGAUGAUGAAGACGCAAUUGUUCAGGGGAUGCUCCAGAUCCUCGUGGCCAUGUGCGUGCUGUGUGGUUACUCCAUCAUGACGGCCAGCUUCGCCAUCUACGAAGUCCACGAGCACCACAGCGGCUCCAAGAGGCUGCAGCACAUCGCCGGCAUCAGCGAGCCCUUCUACUGGGUGGUGAACUUCCUCUAUGACAUGGUCAUCUACAUGAUCCCCGUGACUUUGACCGUCGGUGUGGUCGCAGCCUUCCAGGUCCCAGCGUUCACAGAUCGGCAGAACCUGGGUGCCGUCACCCUCCUCCUGGUGCUCUUUGGGUUUGCCACCUUCCCCUGGAUGUAUCUGUUGUCGGGCGUCUUCAAGGAUGCAGAGAUGGCCUUCAUCACCUACGUGUGCAUCAACCUCUUCAUCAGUGUCAACACCAUCAUGUCCACCUCCAUUCUCUACUUCCUUGGCCAACUUUCAAUGCUCAACCCUGAGCUCGUCCAGACUAUCUACGAAAGGCUGAGCUACGCCUUCUACAUCUUCCCCCAGUUUAACUUUGGGAACGGGCUGAUGUAUCUGGCGAGGAAAAACAUAGAGGUCCAGAUCCUCAGCGGCUACGGCAUCGACGCCUAUCAUAACCCGUUCUCCACAGAUGCCCUGGGCUGGAUGCUCAUCUCCUCCUUCAUCCAAGGCGUGGUCUUCUUCACGCUGCGUCUCCUGCUCAACCAGUUCCUUCUGCGAAAAGUCAGGCAUUUGAUUUGUGGCCGUAAGACGGUGCCACAGGUGGCUUGGGAGGACGAGGAUGAGGACGUGGCAGCAGAGAACCUCCGGGUGUCCAGCGGAGCGGCCAACACGGACCUACUGCAGGUCGACCAGCUCACCAAGAUCUAUCAACACUUCAAGAGGAAGGUCCCUGCUGUCAAGAGGCUCUCUGUGGGAAUCCCUGCAGGAGAGUGCUUUGGUCUGCUGGGAGUGAACGGAGCAGGAAAAACCACCACCUUCAAGAUGCUGACAGGAGAUGUUAGCCCCUCUGACGGCACAGCACAGAUCAGGGACUUGGAUGGGCGGUUGACCGACAUCAUGGAGUGCCGUAGCAAGGGAAUUAACAUCGGCUACUGUCCCCAGGAGGACGCGCUGGACAGCCUGCUCACAGGAGAAGAGCACCUGGACUUCUACGCUCGCCUCCGAGGCAUCCCGAAGAGGGACAGAGAAGGGGUGGUGAACUACCUGCUGAAGAGGCUGGAGCUCAGCUACCACAGGAACAUCAUCACUGACAGCUACAGCUGCGGCACCCGCAGGAAGCUCUCGACGGCGCUGGCUCUCAUCGGACACCCGCAGAUCCUGCUCCUGGAUGAGCCAAGCUCUGGCAUGGACCCUCGCACCAAGCGUCACCUGUGGAAAAUUAUCUCCGAGGAAGUUAGAGGAAAAUGUGCCGUGGUCCUCACCUCUCACAGCAUGGAGGAGUGUGAGGCGCUGUGCAGCCGUCUUGCCAUCAUGGAUAAAGGUCAAUUCCGAUGCCUGGGCUCUCUGCAGCACAUUAAGAACAGGUUUGGCAGCGGGUUCACCGUGAGGAUGUACAUGGCCAAGGCCUCUUGCGACGCGGAGGCAAUCACCGGCUUCAUGCAGCGGCGAUUCCCCAGCACUUACCUCAAGGACCUGCACUCCACUAUGGUGGAAUACCACGUACCAGUUGCUCCAGGAGGGGUGGCUGACAUCUUCGACCAGCUGGAGUCAAACAAGAAUGCUCUGCAGAUCAAACACUUCUCUGUGAGCCAGACCACACUGGAUGAGGUCUUCAUCAACUUCGCCAUGGGAAAGAUUGGCAUGGAGACCCUACCAAUACACAGCGAAGAAGAAGAGUGGGAUGAUCUGGAGAGCAAGAAGGCAGAAGAUGCAUAGAGCACUGACUGACUGCCAUCUUCUUCUCUUACCUCCCUCCCUCUGUCUAUCUCUCUCUCUCUGUCUCUCUCUCUCUCACUCACUCUCUCGACUAAAGAUAUGAGGGGGAACCUUAUCAAAUCAGAACCGUAAUGACAAUCAAAAAACACAUGAACAUUUGCACACGUUGAAGAAGUGUUUUUCCUGUGUUACUGGUCACAUGACAGCACUUGUUUUUUACCUUGAUUUCACCAGAUUUUAUUUAUGAAGGAUAUAAAUAAUCAUGUAGAAUAUGUUUUUUUUUCCCUCUUUAGUUGAUACACUGUUUAUAUAUUACUCCAAAUCAAAUCAAAUGCAUUACACAACAAACAUGAAAAGUCUCACUAGCAACUGUUUUGUUUUGUUUUUCAUUUGAGGAACAUGUGAUGGUGCCUUCUGGAUGAGGUCCUCUGGACAAACCUCCUUAAUGUGCACUUUAACCUUACUCACUUACACCUAUAAGGGCAUAUCUAACUUUUAGAAUUAAUUAAAUGAAUGUUUGAUAUACUCUCUCCUACUUAUGGACCUGUUCUAAAUGGCAUUGAAUGAAUUAAGCCUAUUUUUUGUAAUUCUAAUAAAGCUAUUUUUCAAAUGCAA